UAUUCUUCGGUUCUUCUUCUUCUGCUUCCCUCAGCUAGUGCAGAAUGACAUUUAUUUACUUAAUUUUUAAAUAAAUGAAAUUGCCUUUUAUAUCUUCAAUCUAUGUAAUCUUUUGUACUAAAUAUUAGUUUAUAUACCAAAGGACCCAGAUUUGCUUGAUUGCCCGCCUGCAAUAUCAGAAAUUCCAAAGACAGUGGUGCAGAAAGAAUAUCAUGGACCCUUCCAUAAUGAAGCUCCUUGAAGAAGAUGAGGACGAGAGUAUGCAUUCAGGGGCGGAUGUGGAGGCAUUCCAGGCUGCCCUAAAUAGAGACAUAGGCGGAGAUGCAUCAACUUCUCAGCCCUCCGAUUCAGAUAAUGCUGCUUUGUCUCAAGGAAGCAAUCAUACUUCCAGUCAGUCAUUACCACAAUGGCAAAAUGCUAGCCAAGAUCAAAGCAGUGAAUCUCAAAUUGAACAAGACCAAAGAAGUGCACAGCAGCAAGAACAAACUUUAUCUGGAAUGGAGCUAAAGCAACAUGGAUCUGUUAUUGAAAGUCAGCAACAGAAUACUGUCCCGGAGGAACUCAAGCACCUUCAAAUGCCACAGAAAAAAUCCCAAGAUGAUUGUCAACAGGGGAAGGGGCAUCCAACUUCCCUCCAGAAUCCUCAGACAACUGAAAUGCAGAUUUCUGAAAAAAUUCGUACACCAAUAGAUGAGCCAGAUAGGAGACCUAGUCUGGAAGGUGAAUCUCAAUAUGCGAAAUUACAGAAGAUGAGUAAUCAACAGGCAACAAUCACAGAGCAAGCAAGCAACCCAAUAAAUCGUACUAAACCAGGGCAAGUACCAUUUGGCGUAUUACUGCCCGUUCUACAAGCCCAACUUGAUAAAGAUAGAGCCAUGCAACUCCAAACAAUAUUUGCAAAACUCAAGAAAAAUGAGAUCCCAAAAGAAGGGUUUGUCCGGCUCAUGAGAGGUAUUGUGGGAGAUCAUAUGCUCAAAUUGGCAGUAAUGAAAAUACAAUCACAGCCAAGUUCCAAUCAAUUCCAGUUGCAAUCUCAAGCUUCAGCACGGCAAAACCCUCAGCGGAUGCCAUCUGUUAGUGCCAGUUCCACACAAUUCAGUGAUCCCCACUCAUUUGCACAACUUCAUCAGAAGGGCACCGACUCUUCUGCAGACCCUUCUCAUACUGCUGUUGUCCAAAUGCCAGCUGAUUCAAGCUAUCCAACCAUAGAAAAUGAUGCUCAGAAAACUCGAGAGGUGAAUCGCCAGUCAGAUUCUCAUGGAAUUCAAGUAAGCCAAGUAUCUUCUUCCAGUGAGAGCACUGUCAAUCAAGAAAGGGAGCAAUCCUCAGUUACCAUACAAGGUCUUAACAAGCAGCAGCAACAGCAUUUGCACUUUCCACCCAUUUAUGGAAGUACUGGUGGUAAUUAUCAUCCAUAUUCUGGGACAAAUGUCAAUACUUCAACAUCAUCUGUCAAACCACAACCUCAUGAUACACAAUUGAGGCAAAUUUCACAACAUCAGAACUUGAGUUCCACUCAGUUAGGUGGAACAACACAGGGCAUGAACAUGAUGAGCUUGCCUAAGUUUGAGAGGCACAAUUCUAUCAAUGAUCCAAAGCGAGUUCAGGCUGGAUCUGUCUCUCACUUGGCAAACAAUUCAACCCCACAACAGAAUUCAGUUCCUUGGCAAUCGUCAUCAAAUAAAGAACAAUAUUCUGCCCCUUCAUCAUCAAUGGCUGGUGUAAAACAGGAAGCAAUUGAUCAGGCUACUGAGCAGCAGCACAAACCCCAUUUUUCUCAUCCACAAGGAUUGUCUUGUUUUUCUUCUGCACAGCUUGUACAGGGAAAUGCAACCCCUGGAAUUGUAAAGGAUGAAACUUUAGAGAAGCAGUCUUCGAGGAUGGGUCUUUCGACAUCCACAAGCAUGAUCCCUUCGAAUUUAGUUUCUCCUUCUAUGACAACACAAUUGGAUCCUAAUGUCCCAUUAGGUUCUCGGAUCCCAUCUACCGCCUCUCCUUCUGUGACUAAUGCAAGGACAACUUCCAAAAAGCCUUCUAUUGGCCAGAAGAAACCACUUGAGGCACUUGGUUCAUCACCAACUCUGCCAAGUAAAAAGCAAAAAGUAUCUGGGGCCUUUUCAGAUCAAAGCAUUGAACAACUCAAUGAUGUCACUGCAGUCAGUGGAGUUAAUCUUAGGGAAGAGGAGGAACAACUAUUUUCUGGACCCAAGGAGGACAGUCGAGUUUCAGAAGCAUCUCGAAGAGUUGUGCAAGAAGAAGAAGAGAGACUGAUUUUGCAGAAAACUCCCCUCCAGAAAAAACUGGCAGAGAUCAUGACCAAAUGUGGUUUGAAGAGUAUAAGCAAUGAUGUGGAGCGAUGCUUGUCAUUGUGUGUGGAGGAAAGAAUGCGCGGAUUAAUAAGUAACCUAAUCAGACUGUCAAGACAGCGGGUUGAUAUUGAGAAACCAAGACACCGUACUCUUAUCACCUUGGAUGUUCGACAACAAAUCAUGACAAUGAACAGGAAAGCUAGGGAGGAAUGGGAGAAAAAACAGGCUGAAGCAGAGAGGCUCCGGAGACUUAAUGAACCCGAGGGUAAUAAUGGAGUUGAGGGAGAAAAGGAGAAAGAUGAAGGUCGUGCUAAAUCACUUAAGGCAAACAAAGAGGAGGAUGACAAAAUGAGGACAACAGCUGCAAAUGUUGCUGCCCGUGCUGCUGUUGGAGGAGAUGACAUGUUGUCAAAAUGGCAACUUAUGGCUGAGCAAGCCCGGCAGAAACGUGAAGGAGGGGUGGAUGCAUCUGGUUCUCAGCCAGGUAAAGAUGUGAGUCGCAGGCUGACAUCUGGAAGAAAGGACAACCAAGACGUAGAGAAAAAGGGCAAUGCAGCUUCUGGGGCUGUUAGAAAAGUUGGGAGGAACCAAGUUAUUGUGCCUCAAACAAAGGUUGCGCGUAAGAUCUCCAUUAAGGAUGUGAUUGCUGUCCUGGAAAGGGAACCCCAGAUGUCUAGGUCUACACUGAUAUAUCGCUUGUAUGAGAGAAUUCACUCAGAUGCCACCGUUGAAUAGGUGUAACACGGUGCAACUGGCGUCUUAGCUUCUGAGUGCAUCACUGGGCCUUGAACCAUCUUUUGCAAACGUAGCCGAGCCUGAAGGGGUAGUUUGUUCAAUUAUUCUCGCAUGUUUGUUUGAACUUUAAAAAAACAAAGGUUGAAUUAUUCUUUCCUUGUUCAUUCUUUGUAAUUAAGUUUAGUUAAGAAGUUUGGUUGGGCGGCCACUAGUUUUUUCAGCUUUACUGUUAGUAACUUAGUAUAAUGUGUUACUCUUUUAAAUACAAACUCUGCUCGUCUGUCUUUUUAUAAUACAGCAGAUAGUAUAAUCCAUCA